UCCGCCGUUUAUUUCUGCACAAAACACGCAUCGAAGAGCAUAGAGAGCAGGCUGAAGGUCGUCCUUCCUGAAGACCUCGGUUCGUCUCUGAUGGACGGCGUCGUGCUCUGCCAUCUGGCCAAUCACAUUCGCCCACGCUCUGUCGCCAGCAUCCAUGUCCCCUCACCUGCAGUGCCUAAACUCAACAUGGCCAAGUGUCGGAGGAAUGUGGAGAACUUUCUGGAUGCCUGCAGAAAAAUAGGCGUGCCACAGACUGACUGCACUUGUAGGCUUGAAUUGAUCCCAACUCACAGAAAGGGUGAACUGCAGAAGCACAUGUUUCCUGAAUGGAGACGCUCACCAUUACAGAGCCGCACAACCAGUAUUUGCUCUUUUCUAUUGUGUAAAGUUUUGAGGCGCAAACGGAAGCCAUAAUUCACUUGUUGAUUAUUGAAAUCAGUUGGAUGUAUUUUUGUGUAUUUAUUUGCCUAAAUGAUUCUCUAAAAGCUCUAUUUAUGAGAUGUAUGAUGUUUUGAAACUCGAGAAAAAUGGGAAUUUUAUUUAUUUAUGUUACUCCAGCACCUGCUGAGAGCUUUUUAAUUUACACGGUUGAACUCUACUGCACCCUGAUAUGCAAUGUAACUGUUUUUGAGGAAUAUUUGAAGGGCUAAAGUAACCAGAUGAGUUUGAGUUAUGUCUUAAUCAUCUUAAGCAGUUUGUCUCUGAGGGUUUGACAUAUGGAGGAUUAAACUAAAGGAAUGUGGAGAUGUGCCCACUGAAUCUAAAAAUGCACCUAUGCCUGUCAGCUCAUUGGGAGAAUGAGUACCGGGGUCUUCUCUGGUACUUUGGUUUAUAGUAAUGAUGGUAUGGUAAAUAUCUUUAUUUAUGAAUGAUUGGCAUAAAGCUGGAUAACAUAAUUACCUUUUGAACAAUGUGAUUAUUUGAAGUAAUUGACGGUUUGUUUACAUUCCAUGAAAUGAUUUGAACAGUAAAUGUGAGCUGCUGUUGACGCCACAUUCUCUGCACAGAUUUCAUGUAAGAAGGAUUAUUUUUAUGACUUGUGUAUGAUAUUAGACAUUGUUAAAGAUUGGUAAUAAAUACAGUUUAGGGAUGUUUUCUGUUCUGCAGUGUCAUUGUUUAGGAAAGCAUAGGAACCUAAAGCAGAAGUUCAUGUAUGUAAAAUGGGAGAUGGCCAUAGGACAAUUUAAUCCCACUAGGAUUUGAUAUGCCUAUUUUGAUAACCUUUUCAGGUCCAACACGUGAAGGUUUUAUGUGAUCCUUUCACUCCAGACAUUAUUUAGGUCUGCACAGCUUUAAUAAAAGCACCAAAACAAAAGAAAAGUUAGUAAGUGAACCCCAAGAUCAUCCAUCAUCUCCAUGUUCAUGUGUUUGGGCUCAGACUGAUACAUCAGUUUAAAACCAUAACAGUCACUGCAGCAGUGUUACUGGAUCAGAUCUAGUGAUAUUCCAAUACUAUCUUUAUCACUGAGUAAGUCUACCUGAAUCUUCAGAACAACCCUUAUUUCCACUGCAGCGGCCUCGGUGCAGCUCCUCCCUUUAAACCAACAUUUCUUACUGGCUGCUACAAGCAAACAAUCAGUCUUAACAGAUGGUGGGUGGGGCCAUAGCUGUGUGCUUGUGAUGACUAUUUUAGGUAUGUCUGCUGUCACUGUGUCCGCACCAUAGACCUUAAAAAAUGUGGACAGAAAAAUGAAGACAAUGCAGAAGUGCCUGAAAGCAGGCGGCCACAUGGAUUCCAGUCCUAUGGAAGUUUAUGGGGAAAUAUCCAUAAACAACAUCCGGCUAAGUUUAUAGGCUCAGUGGGUCAUUUUGGGUCAUACUGAAUAAAAAAAAUGAAGUGUUGUGUGUCAAAAUGGAGGCUCAUCUGUGGUGUGAAAAUACACACUCUGUGACUAACAUCUUGUCAAUAGCCAAUGAGUGGCUGAUGUCACGGUAUCUUUUAUGGUGUCUGCGGUCAUCACACCGAAGCAGGAGUAGAAGAAAAUGUCUGAAACCGAGUCCAGGUGUAACGGAAAGUUAACUUAGCGUCACGUGUCGCUUCGCUGUUUGCAUCAGUGCAGACUCGCUACACAUGAACUCAAACAGAAAUCUCAGUAGGAAAGAUGUUCAGCAGCACUGGCUGAGACGGGACUGCACGUGCAGGCAUGCUUACAGAAACAGACGUUACA